CAUAAUAUAACAUAACAUUUGUGGAAAAAAAUCCAAUUCGAUUAUUUUUCUAAAGUUUUGACGGCUUUAUUCGCUUAAGUGGCUUACCUACUAAUUUUGUGCUUUUCUAUCUUAAAAAGAUGGAGACAACAGUUCAAAUGAUGUACUACCUUACAAAUCAAUUGUUUCAUGCUGCAGCUCAUGUUGGCAAUAGUUAUUGGAACCGGUAUAAAACCAGUAAAGAAGUUGAGACUUUCCAUCAACUAUCUUCGACCACACAACAACCAUCAUCAUCACUACCAUCACCACCAUCAUCAUCACCAUUACCAACACCACUACCACCAUCACCACCACAAUCACCACCAGCACCACCACAAUCACCACCAGCACCACCAUCAUCAUCACCAUCAACAACACCACUACCACCAUCACCACCAUCACCACCACCAUCACCACCAUCAUCAUCACCAUCACCAACACCACCACCACUGUCACCACCGUUACAGCAAAAACAUCAGCUAACGGAAACUCCUGUGGAAAAUUGUGUAACAAUUCUAACAGGGGAUACAGCUGUAAUUGCUGAAAAAACAACUCGUCGUCAGGUUACCUCUAAAUCCCCAUUGAUGAUCUUCAACGAAUUGGUGAAGAAUAAAAAAAUACAGAUACAAGGACAUCAAUGGGGUGCGAAUAAUCACAUUACUAGUUAUACCGCGAUGUUUGAAAUUGGCGGUAAAACAUACACUGGAAAUCACAUUUCAAAACAACAGGCGAAACAGAAGGCUUGUGAAAAAUAUUUAAUGACAAUAUCUAAAGAUAAAUUAAUAAAAAAAAAUAAAGGAUCUCUUGAGAUAGAAGUUGGUGAAAACUCUAGCAAGUUACAAACAAAAAGACCCCAACAGAAAGAUUUUCUAUGGUCACAAUUUGCAUCAUUUGCCAUGCACAACUUUAUAAAUCAACGGGAGUUUAACCCUUCUAUUAAAAUGGCUAAUUGUAUACCAAAAGAAUCAACAGUCAUCAAACCACAACCUAAGACAAGGGAUACAGCUGUAAUUGCUGAAAAAACAACUCGUCGUCAGGUUACCCCAAAAUCCCCAUUGAUGAUCUUUAAUGAAUUGGUGAAGAACACAAAAAUACAGAUACAAGGACAUCAAUGGGGUGCGAAUAAUCACAUUACUAGUUAUACCGCGAUGUUUGAAAUUGGCGGUAAAACAUAUACUGGAAAUCACAUUUCGAAACAACAGGCGAAACAGAAGGCCUGUGAAAAAUAUUUAAUAACAAUAUUUAAAGAUAUAAUAAAAAAAAAAGGAUCUACCGAGAUAGAAGUUGGUGAAAACACUAGCAAUUUAAAAACAAAAAGUCCUCACCAGGAAGAUUUUCCAGGGUUACCAUUUGCAUCAUUUGCCAUGCGCCACUUGAUUAAUCAAUGGGAAGAAGAGCCGGUUGUCACAAGAGCCUAAUAUGUAAAGGGUAAAAAAUGUUAUAGAGAAACAUAAGAAUAAUGUGUUUAAAUCAAUUUGGGAUUAUUGAUAUACUUGAUUAAACAAAUCAAAACAAUAUUAUUAAAGAAAUAUCCAUACUAAAGAAAAUUUGAAAAACUCAAAAUUUUUUUUAUUUAUAAACUAUUAUACAGGAUGAUUUUUUUAUCAAACACUCAUCAUUUCCAGAAGUAUUUAUUUUUUUGAAAAUAUUUUUUUACAUAGUUUCUAAUUGUUAAAAAAACAACGUUUUUAUAAAAAAAUUAUAUUUUUAAAUAUUUUUUAUCCUUAUAAUUUUUUAAGUUUUUUACUUUUUUGAAUGACAACAUAGUUUUUAAGUUUUUAAUUUCAUAUUCCAAAGCAGAAUAAUUUUCUGAGUAAUUCGAUACAUAAAAAUCAAAUUUAGGGUGAGUAGUUUAUGAGUUAUACGUAUUUAAAGUUUUGCUGCGCAGAGUGGAGUGGUACGGGGUUACCCCGCAAAAUGUUUGUCCACUACUCCGCUUUUCUAAACUUUGAAUAAGUAUAACUCAUAAACUACUCACCUUAAAUUUGAUUUUUAUGUAUCGAAUUACUUAGAAAAUUAUUCUGCUUUGGAAUAUGAAAUUAAUAACAAUGUUGUCAUUCAAAAAAGUAAAAAACUUAAAAGGAUUAAAAAAUAAAAUAAAAAAUAAAAAAAAAAAAUAAAACUUAAAAAAUUAUAAGGAUAAAAAAUAUUUAAAAAUAUAAUUUUUUUAUAAAAACGUUGUUUUUUUAAUAAUUAGAAACUAUGUAAAAAAAUAUUUUCAAAAAAAUAAAUACUUCUGGAAAUGAUGAGUGUUUGAUAAAAAAAUCAUCCUGUAUAAUAGUU